GUGGAUUUGCUGGCAUUUCCACUGCAAUCGAGUUAGAAAAGAAAGAUCCAAACGCAAAAGUACUUGUACUAGAGGCCAGUGAGCAAAUAGGUGGUCGUUGUCGAAAUGCAUGUGUUGGUCCAAAUGGGGAAUCAUCAGCUGGAUUUGGUGCUCAAUACAUAGGAGUAAAACAAACGCAUAUAUACAGCAUAGCUUCUCGUCUAUCUUCUUUAAGAAGUAAUCCUAAAAUUUAUGGCCACAAUCCAUGGUUUCGAGCAUAUUCUGAAGGAAAGUGGUACGAUACUUCUGUUGAAACUUGUUGGAAUGGUAUUCAAUGUCUUGAUAUUAAUGCUUCGUGGUUAAAAAAGUUGUCCCUAUGUAAAACGGUGCUUCUCGUGUAUGCACUGGAGAACCUUAUUAAUGGUGCUUAUCCGAGUUUAAGUUGGUGUGCUUAUUGGUUGGAUAAAUGGAAUGUACAAGAAUGGAUAGAUGCUCAAAAACUUCAUCCAUGGGUUGCUGAAUUAUGGAUUAUGGGUGUGCGAAAUAUGAUGAGUAUUGACCCUAAGGAUUUGAGUCUACUCCAUUUUCUCUGGUACAGUGUGACCAAUGGCGGGUUCUUUGACGAGGUUACAAAAGAUACAGUUGGUGGACCACAAGAAUUCUCUGUUGAGUGCGGUAUGGGUGGAUUAGCUCAGCUCUACAGUAAGGAAAUUCGUGGGGAUAUUUUACUUAACUUUCCAGUUAUUGAAGUCAAAACAUGUCCAAAUCAAGAACUCAUUGUUCGGGGUAAAAAUGGAACUAAAUUUGUUGCUCGAACUGUAGCUAUAUGUGUUACUCCUGGGGUCACUGGUCAAAUCAAUUUUACUUCCUUUAAUGAUAUUCCUGUUAUUUGUCAGGAACGCACAAAUUUAUUCAAUCAGCCAAUUGGUUAUAUAGCAAGUGUUGUCAUGCGUUACUCACAACGUUUUUGGCAUAACGUUUCAAUUCCCCAAAAUCUCAAUGCGAAUUUUUGUGGGUUUUCAACAGGUGCAGAUCCUACCCUACUAAAAUCACACAUGGAAUGGGCAUUAGACAUAUCUGAUCCUGCCAAAAAAUCCUACGCCCUUACUAUUUUUACUAGUACCGGUAUAUUUGACAAUGUUCGUGCGAUGGGUAUUACUGGUGAUCAAUACAAAGAAGAAGUUGAACGACAAUUGAAAGAAGAUGCA